GUUCUUGCCCCAUGGUAAGACGUGGAGCGCCCCCACAAUGGGGCCGAGGUGGCCAAAGCACGGGCGAAAAUCCGAAGAUUCAGAGGAAACUUCCCAUCCGAGCGGAUGCAGCUGGACUGCUGCAGCUGAGCCAAGAUGCCGGUUUGAAGCAAGUGGAACGCAUUGUGAUCCCUCAGCUGAAGGCGUGGAAAUGGAAUCCUGACUUGGCUACUCAUGCGCUCAAGGCUUUGGCGAAGAGGGGCUUUGUAAGACUUUGCUUGCAUACGCUGAACGUCAUGAGGAGAAGCGAGGUGACUCCCCUUACGGCUCAUUACAAUGCUGCGCUGGCAGCGAGUGCCGAAGUGAAGGAGUGGACAGUCACGCUCUUUCUGCUCGAGAGAAUGCAGCAGGAUGAGGCUGCCGUGAAUGACGACACCGUGAAAGAGACAAUGAGAUCUUGCAAAGCCUGGGAGCGGGCAUUGGAAUUUUGGAUGUUGCUUCGCAGCAGAGACACCGGACUCAGUGUGGCAUCGCACAACCACGCCAUGGCUGCCAUGAUCCAAGCACCGAAGCUGGCGCUGGAGAUCUUCGAAAACGUCCGAGAUGAUCCGGGCCUGGGAGCUGAUGGAAUGAGUUACAGUCUUGCAAUCGCAUGCUAUGGGCGUCUUCAGCAGUGGAAGGACUCUCUACGAAUGAUGGAGGAGAUGUCCAACAACGCUCUGGUGCCUGAAGCCCUUCACUUUGCCUCCGCUAUCUCGGCUCUGGGGAGAUCCUCAGAAUGGGAACGUUCCGUCUCCUUGUGGCAGGACGUGAAGGCAGGGGCUGAUGCCGGUGGGUUCUUUGCCAUCGUGACGACCUUGGCGCAUCAGCAGAAAUGGUCCUUGGCGCUAGAGGUAUUGAAGGAGAUGAUUGCAGAGGACUUGGAUCCAAAGCAGACCAUGCAGGGCAUCGUGAGUAAAGUGGUUGACAGAUCAGGGCAAAGAACAGAAGCCCGUCCCAAAGGUGGGCGAGGAAAGCCGCGAGGAAGGCAGAGGAUAAAAGGAAUGAGAGAAAAAUGCGCUAACGGCCGCGAAGAUGCUCGGGAAAAUUCACCUGAUUUUGAUGAAAGACACUUUGCAUCAUAA